CAGACAGUCACCGGAAGCGGAAGUGCUAUCUCAUGCCGGACAGCAGCACCGAAGACAUGACUGACCUGAAGGAUGCUCUGGUGUCCGUGUUACCCAGUAUCCGUGUCCCGCGGGCCGGGGACCGAGUGUACAGAGACGAGUGUGCCUACUGCUUCCAUACCCCGGAGACCGACAGUGGCCUAUACAUUUGUAUGAACACGUUCCUUGGCUUUGGGAGACCAUAUGUUGAGCGACACUACAAAAAAACUGGUCAGAGAGCCUAUCUGCAUCUGAGGAGGAUUUCUAAACCGAAAUCUGAUGAUACUAAUACUGGAACUGGUGACCCUCCCCGCAAGAAGCCAACUCGCCUAGCUAUAGGGAUGGAGGGCGGCUUUGACAUGAGUGACGAGCAGUGCGAGUUUGAGGAGGAAGUGAAGUUGGUCAUUUUGCCAGAGUUUCUGGAAAUCCAGCGAGAUGAGCUGGCAAGUCUGCCAGACAUGGUCAGAGAUCGGGUCUCCUCUGCAAUUGAUGCCAUUUUAUCUGCUGACUCUGCGUCACGUAAACAGGAGAUCCAGGCAUGGGAUGGAGAGGUGAGACAGGUGUCCAAACACGCCUUUAACCUACAGCAGCUGGACGGAGCCCCUCGUAUCCCUCCCAGCGGCUGGAAAUGCAGUGUGUGUGACCUGCGGGAGAACCUGUGGCUCAAUAUGACAGACGGUGCCAUCCUAUGCGGCAGGCGUUACUUUGAUGGGAGUGGAGGGAACAAUCACGCAGUACAGCACUACCGCCAGACCGGCUACCCCUUGGCUGUUAAGUUGGGCACAAUAACCCCUGAUGGAGCUGAUGUGUACUCUUAUGAUGAGGAUGACAUGGUGCUUGAUCCCAGCCUGGCAGAGCAUCUGGCCCACUUUGGCAUUGACAUGAUGAAGAUGCAGAAGACUGACAAGACCAUGACAGAGUUGGAGAUAGAUAUGAACCAGCGUAUUGGAGAGUGGGAGCUGAUCCAGGAAUCAGGGGUACAAUUACAGCCCUUGUACGGACCUGGCUACACAGGAAUGCGCAACCUGGGAAACAGCUGCUACCUCAAUUCCACCAUGCAGGUCCUAUUCAGCAUCCAAGCCUUCCAGCGCAAGUAUGUGGACUGUAUGGAGCAGAUAUUUCAGAAGGCAUCAGGUGACCCAACACAGGAUUUCAGCACCCAGGUAGCUAAGCUAGGAAAUGGUCUGUUAUCUGGUGAAUACUCCAAGCCGGCCCCAGAGAGAGAGAAUGAAACACUUGAACAGAGGGGUCUACAGCACGGAAUCGCGCCACGUAUGUUCAAAGCAUUAGUUGGGAAAGGACAUCCUGAGUUUUCCACAAAUAGGCAGCAAGAUGCCCAGGAAUUCUUUCUGCACUUCAUAAAUAUGAUAGAGAGGAACUGUCGCAGCUCGUCCAAUCCCAAUGAGGUUUUUCGCUUUUUGGUAGAGGAGAAGAUAAAGUGUCUGGUGUCUGAGAAGGUUAAAUACACCCAGCGGGUGGAGUACAUGCUGCAGCUACCAGUACCCAUGGAGGCUGCCCUUAACAAAGAGGAGCUGUGUGCAUAUGAGCAAUCUCGACUACAGGCUGAGCAAGAGCAGCGCCCACCACCUGAGUUGGUCCGUGCCCGCAUCCCAUUCAGUUCUUGUCUUGAAGCCUUUGCUGCUCCUGAACAGCUUGAUGAGUUCUGGAGCGCAGCCCUUCAGGCCAAAUCCAAUGCACUCAAGACCUCCCGAUUCGCCUCAUUUCCUGAUUACCUUGUCAUCCAGAUUAAAAAAUUCACAUUUGGCCUCGACUGGGUGCCCAAGAAACUGGAUGUCUCUAUUGAUGCCCCAGAAGAGUUGGAUCUCUCCGAGUUUCGGGGUGGGGGGCUGCAAGGGGGAGAGGAAGAACUCCCAGAUGUUGCUCCCCCAUUGGUCACCCCAGAUGACCCCAAAGGUAGCCUUGGUUUCCAUGGCAACGAUGAUGAUGACUCCUACUGCUCCCCUCACUUCUCCUCUCCGACAUCGCCAAUACUGGAUGAGUCGGUGGUUACACAGCUGGUAGAGAUGGGAUUCCCAGCGGAAGCGUGCCGUAAAGCGGUGUACUACACAGGCAACAGCGGAGCAGAGGCAGCAAUGACGUGGGUGAUGUCACACAUGGAUGACCCAGACUUUGCUCAGCCUCUUGUCGUGUCGGGGGUCAGUACCCCAGCUGCUGUCAGUGCAGGAGGUGACCCACCCUCGGAGGAGCAUGUAGCCACUAUCAUAUCUAUGGGCUUCUCUCAUGAGCAGGCUGUGAGGGCGCUACGAGCCACGAGUAACAAUCUGGAGAGAGCUGUAGAUUGGAUCUUCUCUCACAUUGAUGACUUGGAUGCUGAGGCUGCAAUGGAUUUGUCAGAGGGGCGAUCAGCUGCAGACUCUGUUUCAGAAAGUGGGCCGCCUGCAGGACCUCGGGUCAGGGAUGGAUCUGGCAAGUAUCAGUUGUUUGCUUUCAUCAGUCACAUGGGGACAUCGACUAUGUGUGGUCACUACGUGUGUCAUAUUAAGAAGGACGGACGGUGGGUGAUCUAUAAUGACCAGAAGGUUUGUGCCUCCGAAAAGCCACCCAAGGACCUAGGUUAUAUCUACUUCUAUCAACGUGUGCAGAGCUAAUAUUCCUUCCUUCAGUCCUGUGCUCCCCUCCCUGCUCUGAGGUUUCUGUAACUUUCAUGGAGUGGAACCCAGUCACGGGUUUUUGAACCUGGGCACACCCUGUAUUUCUCAUUUUGGUGUUGAGGCUUGGAUGGAUAACUUAAUUUAUGGUCAUAUCCUUAAAGAUCCUCCCCACAUCACAUCUUAAGGAUCCUGCAGGACCCCCAUCCCAACACAGCAGAACAAGAUAUGACGGUGUCCACAUGUUCCGAUUGUACAAAAAUAUAAAGAUUAUCCAUGACAGACUGGAUCAAUAAAAAGGAUUCUUCCAACUGA